GUGUGAUGUAUUUACAGUUCAACACAUUUCCAGACAACUGUGCGAGAUUGAGUGCGCAACAAGUGGAGUUUUGUAGACGUUUCUUCUGUGUGUUCGACAAAUGAGUAAUAAAUAAAGCGGAAGGCAACAUGACUCUGAUAACCAACUCCUUUGUGAUCGACUUCGUGGGUUUCGUUACUGCAAUCGUUGCAGUGAUAUACGCGUACUACCUGUGGUCCUUCCAGUACUGGAAGAAGAGGAAUGUGCCCUAUCUGGCACCAUCUAUACCCUGGGGCAACUUCGAGAGUCCCAACAGGAGAACGAAGUUCAUUGGCGACUGCGUUCGAGCGAUAUAUACAGAAGCACGCGCUCGAGGGUGGAAACACUGCGGUAUGUACACCAUGGCCACGCCAAACUACUUGGUGCUCGACCUAGACAUAGCCAAACAGAUCAUGACUAAAGACUUCCACAACUUCGUGGACAGGGGGAUGUACACUAACGAGAGGGACGAUCCUUUAAGUUGUCACCUCUUCUCAAUCGGUGGUACCAAAUGGAGGAAUUUGAGGACUAAGUUUACCCCAACGUUUACGUCCGGCAAGAUGAAGUCUAUGUUCGGCACCUUGGUGGAGUGUGGAUCGGUUUUGGAGAAGUACAUCGAACACCAUAUCAACGAUAAAGAUGGAGUUGAUAUAAAAAAUGUCCUAGGGAACUUCUCCACCGACAUCAUCGGUUCCUGUGCCUUUGGUCUGGAUUGCAACAGUUUCAAGGAUCCGAACUCCCUUUUCAGGCAAUACGGUGUAAGAAUCUUCGCCAGGUCCAAGUCUGCAAACAUCAAACAGGCAUUCUGUAUGAACUUCCCCCAAGUGGCUCAAUUUUUCGGCAUGCGUUUGAUCCCGAAGGACAUCAGUGACUUCUUCAUGAAGGUCGUAUGCGACACAGUCUUAUACAGGGAGAAGAACAACUACACUAGGAACGACUUUCUCCAGUUACUCAUCGACAUUAAGAACAACAAGGAAGCUCAGGCCAAUGGGUACAAGGGCGAUGGUAAAACAUUGACAAUGGACGAGCUCGCGGCCCAAAGCUUCGUCUUCUUCUUGGCGGGCUUCGAAACCAGUUCAACCACCAUGACCUUCGCCCUGUACGAGCUGGCGACCCAUCAGGAUCUUCAAGACAGGGUUAGAGAAGAAAUUGAACAGGUGCUGGCAAAUCAUAACGGACAGAUAACGUAUGAUUCACUCAUUGAAAUGAAGUACAUGUCACAGGUCAUUGAUGAAACUUUGAGGAAAUAUAGCCCAGUUCCUUUCUUGACCAGAAUUUGUGGCGAGGACUACAGGAUACCUGGCGAAGACGUGGUCAUAGAGAAGGGUGUAAGGGUUAUGAUCCCUAUCCACGCAUUCCAUUACGACGAAGAGUACUACGAGAAUCCUAGCGUGUUUGAUCCUGAAAGGUUUAGUGAAGAGAACAAAGCUUCCAGACACCCAUACGCUCACCUACCGUUUGGGGAAGGUCCAAGAAUUUGUAUAGGGGAAAGGUUUGGCCUGAUGCAGACCAAAGUGGGACUGACGACUAUCCUGAAGAACUUUAAGGUGACCUUGAACAAAAGAACCAAGGUGCCUUUGGAAUAUUCUAUGACUGCUUUCAUUCCAAGUGUCAAAGACGGCAUUUGGUUGGAUGUUAAGAAACUGUGAUAAUUCUUUAACAAAAACAUGUAAUUAACGUUAGAAAUAAUUUACCUUUUAAUUUGCACCAGUCGUCAGAGGAUAUUUUUAGAAUGGCUUUUAUAAUUGUUUACAAAGUCUUAUAAGUACUAUAACCAUUAUUAAAUUUAUUAUAAUAUAUUUUUUAAUCCAUCACUAGUUGUUGGAGUGAUAUGCAUUCAAGCAUAUAAUUAUUUAAUUUGUUAUAACAAAAUUUAUACUAAUAGUUUGAGCACUACUUACAAUAAUAUUAUAAGAAAUUACAUUAAUAGAUAAACUGAUCAAAAUAAAGUUAUAUGUAUAAAUUGACACUGUUGGACUAACAAAAUUAGGUUAGGUUGCUCACUAAAUGUGUUUUUCCCUUCCCUGUUUUCUAGAUGAUAAUAUUGUGAAAUUUUAAAAUUAUUUUUAUCUUAAUUUUAUUCAUGUUUCUUUGUUGAAUGUAUUCAAUGUCAGUUAUAGAUAAUACUUUGUUAAAGACUUUUAAUGUUUCCUGUCCUGAAGAAGUUUUCAAAUAAAAAUGAAACGUUUACUAAAUUUUGAAGGACCAUUUUAAAAAUAUUUUCCUAUACCGACUAACGCAAAUUGAUAGGUAGAUAUAGAAAUAGGAUACGAAUUAAAAAAGUUUGUUUAUACUCACCAACUUGGAAUCAUACAAAUGUAAGCUAUGUGUAUUUGCUGUGAGGUAUUAAUUAUUUUUUGUACAAUCAA